CGGUGUAUGGACGCGCGUCGCAUUCCACAUUCAAAAAUUCAAAAUUCCUUUGUUUAUUGUUUGUAAAGCGUUUUGAUACUCUGUAGCUGUUGUGUUGAAUUGAAUUCUGUUGAAAGUGCAUAUACAAUUAAGAAUAUUUUUUUAAUUGGUUUGUUAAGUUAUGGAUGAUUUGGAACUGCGCAGAGGUUAGACAAGAUGGCCGUUUCCGGUGACGUUACAUUGGCACAAGAUGGCGCCCGAUUGCAUCCUUAUAUCGUCGCGUUAGUACGUUGGUGCGUCUCUUCGUUCUGGAGCACGGCUUCCAUCCUUAUCCAUCGCCUACUGACUGCGCCUUUGCCGCCAAUCACAGCUGCAAAACCUGCAAAGACACGCCCAGCAAGCUCGGACCAUUUGCAUCCUGUACCUUUGGUGGACUGUGUCGUCCUGCAUGAUCCCCCAAGACACACGAUUGACGUCAUCUUCGUUCAUGGAUUAUAUGGUUCUUUGGGUAACACAUGGAGACAAGGUGAAUGGAAAGCGAACUACAAAAUGAACCCCGAUAUUGUACCUUUACGAAGACAUUCCAAUAUAAUUCCAGAAAUGACAGAACAAAAUAUACAGAUUAGACAAAGCGACGACGAAGAUUGUAAAGACAAUAGUUUUAAUAAGAAAAUGGACGAUUUUAGAGAGAAAAUGAAUGACUUGAACUAUAAUACGGAUAGAAUUAAUAAUCAAUUUAUAAAUUUUAAUGACUUUAACGAUAAAAAUGAUUAUGAAAACAGAACUGAUUUUAAUGAUACAGUAUUUAGAAUAAAUGACAAUAAUGAAGAUCGAAGCCAUUUGAACGAUGAUUUAAAGAACAUAUUCAAAGAUAACGUGGAGAAUGUGAACGAAUUCUACGAAGACAUGAAAAAAAUACUUCCGAACGAAAAUAUGUUUAUAACCGAGAAGUUUUAUAACAACACAUUGCUGGAUCAAGUUGAAAUCGUUGGAAAUUACGAAUCUCAGGCGAAUUUUGUGCGUGACCUAUUCAAAAGCAGUUGCGAGAGUAAAAGUGAUAAUUGUGAGUGUCAUGGAGUGUGUGAGGUGGGUUGUGGGUGUGUGUGUGAUAUGUGUUAUUCACCAUGUUGGCCCAAAGACUGGAUCAAAGAGGACUUCCCUGGUGCAAGAGUUAUUUCAAUAAAUUACACCAGUGAUCCGUAUUUAUGGAGGCCGCUGUGGAUUAAAGAAAUCAAAAGGUUAAGGCUUCACGAGAGAGCAGAACAAAUGACGUCACAGCUGUUAGACCUGGGAGUUGGACAGAAACCGAUAAUAUGGGUUGGGCAUUCAAAGGGAGGUCUGUUCAUCAAGCAGAUUUACUGUGAUGCAUAUGACGCGCAUUCACAAGUAAUGAAAGGGUCAGUGGGGCAAAACGAAUUUAAUGAUAGAUUUAAUGAUGACAGUAAUGAUAUAAGUGAUGACGCAUUAUGUAAUAUGAAUGGAAUUGAAGAUGAAACAAUACAAAAUAGUGGGAAUCCAUCAAAACGGGCCGGUCUUUGGCGGAACAGCGCCGGUUUCAUGUUCUACUCCGUGCCUCAUAGGGGAUCACCACUCGCUGACAUAAAGACUCCGAUAACUGCAAGGAGUAUAGAACUGUUGGAGAUAUGUAAAAAUUGUCCACUUCUCCUCUCCCUGCAGGAGAGAUGGCUGGCGGCCACUUCACCACUCAGCCCAGCAGUCCACAGCGUCGUAGAAACUUGCAGAACUCUCAUGUCAGUUCUUUGGUUGAGGAUUGUCAGCGUAGAUUCCGCUGAUCCCGGCAGGGGCGCAUUACAUGGGAUACCAGUCGAUCACCGUGAAAUUUGCAAGCCAACUAGUCGGCAUUGCACGUUGUACACAGAGCUUAUAAGUUUAAUGCGGACUGCGCUUAAUAAAUCUUGAUUUUCUCCUUAUGAUUCAUAUAGUAUAUUGUGGGUUCAAAUUUAACGGCUCAAUAAGAUUUUUUAUACAUUAACACUAACACAACAUCGCAAUAAUGGAUCAAGACGAGUGCGAACAGUUACGGAGUAUUUCCUAUGGGUAGACAAACUUGAUGCAAAUUAUUACUUCUGUAUUGACAUUCACGCAAGUUAUGAUUCUCACGGGUCUUCCGAUAACAACUGGAAGGCUGGCUCGCGAACGGAAGCUAUAGACCGUGCAAAGUGGAAACUAGCAGUUCAGGACCCUACACAACCUUCAGCAAUCAAGAAUACGGCUGAGAGGAUGACACUGAAGUUUGUAGAAAUAAUUCGAAAGAUUGGUUAUAUUAUCGACACGUAUUCUAUUUUACAAAAUACUUGCUGCAAGUGUUAACAUUAAAUCGAGAAAGUACAUCCUGCAAUAAUACAGCAGUAUGGAAAUGCGUGACGCGCUCGCAGGGGAAUCCCCUCGAGCGAGCGGCUGUCAAAGGGCGUGUUGUGUAACAUCUUAUAGUGAUAUUACGUAAUAAAUUACGACAGAAGGUCCCUAAAGUAGGUUUUUACGGUAGAAGAACUGCAUUGCGAGAUUUCUUUUUACAAUUUAUGCUUUUGAUGGCAUUCUAUUUCACAAAAUACUUGCUCCAACUGUUAACACUAUAUAUAGAGAGUACACCCUGCAAUAAUGCAGCAGUAUUUCAAUGACUUUGCAAUUUAUAAGUAAUAAUCUCUCAUAUUUAAAUGACAUAGUAGUGAUGCCAACUCCUAGAGAAUGUUCCUGGGACCAACUUCAAAUAAAUAUCGAAGGUAAUCUGAAUAAAAGUUGUGCACUCGAAUCCGAAAGUAUUUUUGUUUUAUUACUCGAGUAAAAUACCAUAAAAAGAAAUUUACCUCCUAAAAAACCCCCUCCCCUUUCACCUUGAUUGUGGGGAAAUCCCCCAAAGUUGGCAUCACUGGUUCGGAAGCCUUUUAACUGUAGAUUUCCGCUAGUAAUUAUUUUUAAAGCGGUUUAUGUAUGUAGCUUUAAUUCGUUAAUGUGAUUGUCUCGUGCCUUCCUUUGCAAUGGAACAUAGGAUUGACAGAACUUUCUAUUGCGUAUUCUGAUUAAGGAAAUAUGAAUGUUUGAACAUAAGUAUGAAUGUAUAUUAUUAUUAUUUUUCAUUUUCGUGAGUUGACUAUAUUGCCACAAAUAAUAAAAAACGGGACGUUUUGACGGAUCCGAGUAGAUGUCACGGCUACUAUAGCCCCGCUCCACUUGGAUCUGUAAACGGUAGUUAAUGUGUUAAGGUAUCAAAUGCUUCUAAAUACGUAAAUAGUUCUUUACUUAUAAAUACUCUUAAGUAUUUAAUAUUGAUAACUGGAAUAUGUAUAGUUAUGUAAUUUUAAACGUUGUUCAGACAGUCCUUGCUUCCUUACUGAAGAGUAUACGUUGUAGACCAGUGUUUUCCCUAGCCUUUCGAAAAUUCUUAUGAAGUGUAAAAUUAUUUUUAAAUAUUAAUUAUUUUAUUAAAACAAAUAAUCGUUCCCUCAAGAAACUUAAAUGAUAGGUUUUAGGAAAAACUAAGACAUUAUUAUUGAAAGACAGUGAGUAAAUUUUCAAAACAAUGAAAAGCUGAAAUUUUCGAAUACUACCCUUAACAAUGUCCCUUUGUGUGGCGUGGUUACUACUAGAUAGUUUAUAAAAACUAGAUUUUUCGUAUUUCAAGUAUUGGAAAAGUCUUGUUGGGUCACUGGCAGUGGUUUAAAAUUUUACUAUGUUAAUGGCCUAUCAGGUAUGUGUCUAAUUUAAUUCCCAUAUUUAGUCUGUGUAAAAUGGUAGCCAUGGUAACCAAAAAAAAGAAACAUUAGUCUCUAGAUACACACUCGCUUCCGCCUUAAUCUGUGGACGAGUACAUUUAACAAACAAAUGAUAACAUCGUACCAAUAAAACUGCAUAUAUUUUUAUAUUGUAUAGUCUAGUGUAGUUUUAUAUUCGGUAUUGUAUUUUUAACAUAUUUUAUUUAUAGUUGGGUUAUCUAGAAGCGUUUAGACCGCCCAUUUAUCCAUCCGACAUUUAUUUAGUUUUGUUUUACUCAUGUUUUGUAUCAUUGUGAUCUAAAUAAAAUGUUAUUAUUAUUAUUUUAUUCAAACUAUUAUUUAAUAGAUGUUUUGUUGGGCGAGAGCUCUUUGGCCUAUCAAUUGACGCUGUGAUAACAUUCAUGCCAUAUUGAAUUGAAUAAGGUUAAUGAAAAUGAGAAUGACAGCUCCGAACAGUUAAAGAACAAAAGCGAUGGGGGGCGGCCCCAUGGAUCCUCUAAAUGGCUCUUUCUUGGCUUUUGGCUCGGAAGUACUUCAGUUAGCAGCUGGUUAUACAUACGGGUGCGGCAAACUAUCUACCUUAAAAAACACUCAGUUGUGGAAUGACGGACGUCGAGGUGAAACGGGGUGAAAAAUCAGUCGAGUUUUACGAUCAAUAAUUUUAUUGUGAAAUCAAGUAGAUACUUCUAGUGUUUAAGAAAUAUAUAAAAAAUAUAAAUACAGAUCAAAGAUUUUUGUUAAUAUUUAUGAACAAUCUAAUCAUGUUGGUACAUCGAAAAAUAUAUUAAAAUAAAAGUUGUUUACUAGUCGGAAUUUAAGACAUUUUUUUCCGAAGUUUCUAUGUUAGGGCCCCGGGACUGUAGCCCCGGUUGCCCUUCCCUAAAUACGGUCCUGUCAGGAGUGCUAUUAACAGUAUUUACAGAAUUUAAAGAUGUAUAAAUAUAAAUGAAUUAUAUUUUAUAGUCUGAAGACUAAAUGUUGUAAAUAUAGUAACAUAGUUUUAUUUCCAUCGAAUUAUAUUAUUUUAUCGAA